GCUCCAGGCCUCCGGGCCACGCAUCUCGGCCUUAGUGUCGGCAAUCCGGGUCCAGCCCUGCCUUGUCCUCUUCUGGGCGCGUUACUGAACAGGACCAAUUACCACAAGACUAAAGACUGUAGCUCUGGCCCCGGAACUCUUCCCUGAUCUUCUGAACAGCCCAUGUGUGCAGAAUGCCCCACAAGAUUGGAUUUGUAGUGGUCAGCUCUUCUGGACAUGAAGGUGGCUUCAGUGCCCGAGAACUAAUGAUCCAUGCACCGACUGUCAGUGGCUGGAGGUCACCAAAGUUCUGCCAGUUUCCACAAGAGAUUGUUCUCCAGAUGGUGGAAAGGUGUCGGAUAAGGAAGCUGCAGCUGCUCGCUCACCAGUACAUGAUCUCCAGUAAGGUCGAGUUCUACAUCAGUGGAAGCUUGCCCGAAUACCUGGUACCAUACCAAGCAGAGCGAUUCCGCAGACUGGGCUAUGUCUCUCUCUGCGAUAAUGGAAAGACAGGCUGCAAGGCCCAGGAGCUCAAGUCUGUGUACGUGGAUGCCGUGGGGCAGUUUCUUAAGCUGAUUUUUCACCAAAACCAUGCCAACAAGUACAACAUAUAUAAUCAGGUGGCUUUGGUUGCAAUAAAUAUCAUUGGAGACCCUGCAGAUUUUGGUGAUGAAAGCAAUAUUGCCUCUAGAGAGAAGCUGAUUGACCAUUACCUUGGCCACAGUCCCCACAGUGAGGACCCAGCCCUAGAAGGAACUUUUGCUGGGAGAUCUGACUAUAUCUCUCCACUUGAUGACUUGGCAUUUGACAUGUACCAAGACCCCGAAGUCGCACAGAUCAUCCGCAGGCUGGAUGAAAAGAAACGGGACGCUGUCAAGAAGGAGCGCUAUGACCAUGCCAAGAAACUGAAGCAAGCCAUCGCUGACCUACAGAAGGUCGGUGAGCGCCUGGGACGCUACGAGGUGGAGAAGCGCUGCGCAGUGGAGAAAGAAGACUAUGACCUGGCCAAGGAAAAGAAACAGCAAAUGGCACGCUACCGUGCCCAUGUGUACGAACAGCUGGAGCUGCAUGGCCUCCUGCAGGGCGAGCCAGAGAUACAGCGGCCUUUCGCUUUGCCCCUCCAGCCCCUUGCUUCACCCAGCAGUCCCCAGCACUGGAAGGCAGUGUCCUCACUCCCGCGCACAGAAGAGCUAGUAACAGAAGACACAUUUGCAGGCCCUAUCCUCCAGGAAAAGCCCUUGGCAUAUACCUUGGCAUCUUCUCCUCGGCAUUCAGCAGUGGACCAGUCCCCGCCUGCCGCAGGCCCUGCACCUAGGAGCCAUGUGGACGCCCUGCCCUACGAUGAACGGCCUCUUCCUAUUACUUGAAAGCAGUUGGGGGAAGCAUCUGCAGAACCAGAAGUGAGAGAGCCAGACAGCAGUGAUGUCCGGAGACGGGGUGUCUCAGGGGAACCCGAGCCCUUGACAGAGAAGGCCUUGAGAGAAGCCAGUUCUGCCAUUGACACCUUAGGCGAAGCCUUGGUGGCUGGGACCUAUUCUAAGACGUGGUCCUGCCGAGAGGAUGCACUGCUGGCGUUGUACAAGAAGCUAAUGGAGAUGCCUGUUGGAACCCAGAAGGAAGAUUUGAAAAACAUACUCAGAGCAUCUGUCUUUCUCAUCAGAAGAGCCAUAAAGGACAUUGUGACCUCAGUCUUCCAGGCUUCACUGAAAUUGCUGAAAAUGAUAAUUACACAGUAUAUUCCCAAGCACAAGCUGAGCAGACUGGAAAUAACACACUGUGUGGAGAGAGCUGUUCCCCUUUUGCUCAGCAGGACCGGAGACUCCUCGGCUCGCCUCCGUGUCAUAGCUGUGAAUUUCAUUCAGGAAAUGUCCUUGUUUAAGGAGGUGAAGUCUCUCCAGCUCAUCCCGUCCUACUUGGUGCAGACGUUGAAGGCCAAUGCUUCCGUUCAUCUGGCAAUGAGCCAAGUGGACCUUCUGGCCCGGCUGCUGAGAGACCUGGGCACUGGGAACUCAGGUUUCACCGUGGACAAUGUGAUGAAGUUUGCACUGAGCGCCCUGGAGCACAGGGUGUAUGAGGUGCGAGAGACAGCAGUCAAAAUCAUCCUGGACAUGUACAGACAGCACCCAGCCCUCACCCUGGAGCACCUUCCUCCAGAAGACAGCAGCACAUGCAAGAACCUUCUCUACAAAGCCAUUUUUGAGGGAUUUGCUAAGAUAGAUGGCAGGCCAACGGAGGCUGAAGUCAGGGCCCAGAAAAGAGCAGCCACAAAGGAAGCAGAAAAACAGAAGAAAGAGGAGAUGAAGGCUCUGCAGGGCCAGUUGGCCGCUCUGAGAGAGACCCAAGCUGGAGCCCAGGAGAAUGACGCUAUGAAGCUCAAGAAUCAAGACCCUCAGGGAAGGAAAGCUGCCCCACCUGAGACUCCAGAAAUCCCAGACAACCACUAUUUGGAUAAUCUGUGCAUCUUUUGUGGGGAGAGGAAUGAGUCCUUCACAGAAGAGGGUCUGGACCUGCACUACUGGAAACACUGCCUCAUGCUGACGAGAUGUGAUCACUGCAGGCAGGUGGUUGAGAUAUCCAGCCUGACGGAACACCUGCUGACAGAAUGUGACAAAAGGGACGGGUUUGGGAAGUGCCACCGCUGCAGCGAGGCUGUUCCCAAGGACGAGCUUCCCAGGCACAUCAAAACUAAGGAGUGCAACCCUGCCAAAUCGGAGAAGGUGGCAAACCGAUGUCCUCUGUGUCAUAAGAACUUUGCCCCUGGAGAAGAGGCAUGGAAGGCACACCUGAUGGGCCCUACAGGCUGCACAAUGAACCUGCGCAGAACACACAUUCUCUCCAAGGCCACAGCCCCACAACAAGGGAAGGGCCCAGCAGCAUCGAAGUCAGGAACCUCAGGACCCAAGGUUGGAAGCAAGAUACCCACCCCAAAGGGGGGCCUGAGUAAGAGCUCCAGCAGGACAUACACAAGACAGUGACAGUUUCUGUCUCUGCCAGGGCUGUGCCAGUUUCCCCAUUCUAAGCCAUGUGUGUUGACGUAGUAAUGCUGGACUCAGUACCGCUGUC